AUGAGCUUUACAAUUAAUAAUCAUUACAAAAAAGAAUCACAAUUAUCAAUGAAACGAAACAGAGAGGCACCUAGAAAUAGGUUUGUUAGACAACCUUCUGGUCCUAAGAAUACGUUCACCGCAACUGAAGAUGAAACACUAAAAAGUCUAGUUGCGAAAUAUGGAACUGAUGAUUGGGACCAAAUUUCUGAUAUUAUGGAAACUAAAAAUGCUAGACAGUGUCAUGAUAGGUGGUUCUACAACUUAUCCCCGAAAGUUGUGAAAACGCCUUUUACUGUCGAUGAGGAUCAAAAAUUAUUGAAUUUAGUUUCAAAAAUUGGUCCUCAUUGGGUAAAGAUCGCUAAGCAUUUUCCUGGUAGAACAGAUACGCAGAUUAAGAAUCGGUAUAAAGUACUUAAGAAGAAAAAAACUUCUCCUAAGAAAGAUCCUAAAUCAGAUUUAAAGUCGAACUCAAAAAAUCCUAUAAAUGAUGCAAAAACACCGAAUGAACAAACAAAAACAUCCACGCUCGAUCAGAUUUUUGCCAAAAUAGAUAAUCAUUUCGAGAAGGACUCCUUUAAUUUGUUUGAUGAUCCAUUUUCUAUCGAAUAG